AUGGAGGCGUACAAUGGACUUGUAUCAUUUCUUCCAGACUCCAAGCUCCUGCUUAACGCAUCACACAUGGGACUCAGCGAACUUGACAGACUACCGACGGCUGAACGCAUCAUUCGAGCCACCUUGAUAGACUCGAAUGAUGGGCGUCGCAUCUUGGCACAUCCCUCCGUCCUCAACAUAUACGCAAAUGGAUGCAGAGACGGGGCAGGGGGCAUCAAUUGCACCAAGGCUUGUGCAGACCACGACUUGCUUUUCCAGGACUGGCAGACGCAGUGGAACUGCUUGACCCUGGCGACCAUGGCGACGUACGAGCCGUACCCCCACGACUACAACAACUUGGACACCGCUGGCGAUACGGCUCAGAUCUUAGAUUACCUGGCCGUUCCAGACCUGGCCAAGUUUGACUCCGUUGACGUCUUCAAGAGUUUCCAUGCCUGUGCGAACGGGAGCGCGGAUUUGGGCGGAGAUCUUGACCACCUCGCCGGGCCACCUGACGUGUCGCAGCCUGACCACGCGUCCAUGCGCCACCCUCCAGACAUUCAUGCUUGGGGCUUAGAGCUAUCUCAGCUGUGUGACGUGAGCUAUGUCGAGAAUUUCAAGGUAGAUCCGGAUCUUGCUGGUCCAGGGGUGGUGUUGGCAUAUAUAAUGGCCCAUGCCAUCGUCUUUUACGCUUGGCUGUGUAUCCGCCUUCUUCAUAUUGCGAGCAGCAUUGACUGGUUUGCGACGUUGACCCGAUAUAAAGGCAGGGUUUACUCGUUGAUCAGAUUCCAGCGCUCUCGCUGGGCCAAGCGCCUCGACUACUCCACCAGUACGUUCAUCGUCGAGCUGCAGGAAGCUCAGUGCUUCUUCAUCUCUGCCGUUCAGAUUGGUCUGCUAUACGCUGCCUCUCGGCCGGCUAUGGCACCAAAUGACAAUUGGCAAAGUUUCCUAACCAAUCGUUUGCUCAUGAGAGACCUCACGAUUAUCGCUGUACUGCCGCUCCUCCUGAACCAAGUAACUCUCUAUAAAUUGCAACUGGGUUCUUAUUACUCGCUGCUACUAUGCACCCUUGCAUUGAUCAUGUCAUUCGUGACCACCCGGGCUUCCAUUUUGGCGGGACUGGACAUUGACGCCAUCUGCUACUGGACCUGGUCGUACCGCUCGAAACCCUGCGGCCGCAAAUCCGAGGUAACAGCCUUCUGCCGCUUCCGCUACUACGACGGCGCAAGGAUCGACCAGCCGGAAUUCCUCAUGGGCAUUGCUGCGACAACGCUGGGUCUCAUGUGGUUCAAGAAGCUGUGGGCAGAGUUUGCAGGGACUCUAUGGCUGAGGAACUAUGCACAAGAGUCGGCGUCGAGAGAAGCUUUGCCAUCAGGCUUUCCCAAGCUUUUGCUGUUAUCAGAACGCCUGACAAAGUGA